AGACCUUGCCCGUACCGCAACAUCUCAUACGACAAACUUUUGCGCAGACAACCAACUCGGACAGCAUCGUGUAGUACAUCUGAAAGGGCUUGAAGCUUCGCAGUGGGACGAAUUUCUGUAUAGUCACUCCCGUAAACGUGUCUUGUGCUUGUGAUGGCGUACACCGAUGAUGCCGUAAAGGCCAAGCUGUCUGCUCUCAAUGAGACGCAGGAUGGCAUAAUGGGUGUUGCGCAAUGGGUCAUGUUCCAUAGGAGGCACGCAGACAGGACUGCUCAGCUCUGGCUACAACGACUGAAGGAUUCAACGGCGACCAAGCGACUGAAUCUGAUAUACCUCGCAAACGAAAUUGCACAACAAUCACGCGUUCGCAAGAAGAUGGAGUUCAUAUCAGCCUUCUCUCCGAUUGUUGCCGAGGGCACCACAACGGCAUAUAGAAGUGCGACACAAGAGCUACAACAAAAGAUACGGAGGGUGGUCGAGGUGUGGCGACAGAGGAAUGUGUUUGACCUUCCCGUGCAGGAAUCAAUAGAGAAGGGCCUGGAUGAGAUUGACAAGACUCGACAGGGAGGCAAGAAAGGCGGUCUUGGAGGAUCGCUGUUCAGCUCUGGACCCACGGCUCCUACCGAAUUGCAGCCACUGAUUGCUCCACAGAACGACCUCACCAAAGCCGAGAUUGCCUAUCGCUCCGUGAUUGAGACUGCAAAUGCAGAGUAUGAUAGAGUCACCAACCCUGACGCCAAAGCUCCCACUCCGCCCGUCCAUGCCCACCAAUUGAGCAACGUUUUGAAGACUCUUGCGAAUGCAGAAGGGGCCGUCGCGCAGAGUAUCAAAUGUCGGCGUACACUCAUUGAAGGCUUAGAGAAGCUUCUCGCGACCAACCGGACGGCAUUGAGUACUGAAGAGACAUACCACUACGAGCUGUCAUCUAAGAAGACGACGAUUGAAGCAAAGAAACGUGAGGUUGAGGACGGCAUUAUGCGUGGUCUGACGUCUGGACACGCGGGCAAUGGCGCUGCGUACGAGGACGAGACCAACCGCCCGGACGUCGAACAAUUGACACCACCGCCAGUAGAGUCGUUGACACCAACUGGUUCACCGCCCCCACAGGAUCAGGCUGCAGCACCUGUCGAAGCCGAUGCUAGCUAUGACUAUCCUCCCCAGACGCGCGCUGAACUAGAUGGGAUGGCUGAUGCAGGGCAACCUGUUAGCCAUGAAUCUAAUCCGGGCUUUGGGACCGUACCAAGUUCACUGAAGCGCCAGAUGAGUGAGGAAGGCGGUGGCCUACCCUUUAAGAGACGCAGCUUGAAGAACGACGGACCAGAGUUUGCAGGGGAAGUCACCCUGGACGCAGAUGUCGCUGAUAUGCUGGGCUGAGACUCGGCAUACGGUCUUUAUGGUGUACUCGGGCCACCAUCUGUUCUUUUCUUCACAUUAAUAGCGGGGGGUUCUGUGUCUUCUUCGCGUUGAUAGUGGUGGGGUUCUCUGUGCGAACAAAUAAUCAUAUAGUUGUGAUUCACGGUCUUCAAUCGAGCACCAGGAGCAGGUUUCCAUGUAUUUUAACAUAUAGGUAUUCACUUUAUAUACUCUGCUUCAUAGCGAUAUCUACCAGAACAGACAGCUAGGCACU